AUGCCACACCACGGCGCCACUAAUAUCCUUGUUAUCGGUGCCGGCGUGACCGGCCUGAGCACAGCAACUCUCCUCCAAAGGCACUUCUCAAGUGCCAAAAUUACCAUCAUUGCCGCCGAAACGCCCACGACACCAUGCCCAUCGGUAGACUACGCCUCCAUGUGGGCAGGUGCCCACUACCGUCCAAUCCAUCCACUCUCCACCGAACAACUCAAAGCGGAAUACAAAAUGGGAGUUCGGACGAGGGAGGUUAUGAUGGGUAUCGCCCGGGACUUUCCAGAUUCGGGGGUAGAAGCCAUGCCUGGGGUCGAAUACCUUGAGGAUCCCCCCUCGGAGAUUUUGAAUAUCAGGACCGGUGACGAGUAUGCGGGUCCAAAUGAUGAGUUCCGCGUCCUGCCGCAGAAUGAGCUGCCGGACGGAGCCAAAUGGGGAUGUGAGUACCAAAGUUAUUGCGUCAAUAUUGUGGAAUACUGUCGCUGGUUGAUGGACCGAUUCCUGGCAGACGGAGGACGAGUUCUUCAACAUCGUCUGUCCAACGCGACUGAAGCGUUCAGCUUUGCGGAGCGUAAUCAACUUGGCAAAGUGUCAGUGGUGGUAAAUUGCUCCGGGAGAAAUUUCGAUCGAGAUCCCAAAGUGAAGAUCAUCCGCGGCCAGACUGUGCUCGUCAGGCAACAAUCCCCGAAGACGAUUACUCGGCAGAACGCUGAUGGGAGUUGGACAUUCUUGGUCCCCCGACCUCAAGGUGGUGGCACAAUCGUGGGCGGAACGAAGGAGGUUAAUGAUUGGCACGACACCCCUCGGCCAGAGACAAGGGCCGAACUGCUUCGAAAGUCUGUCGAGAUGUUUCCCUACUUUGUCGACUCGAUCGAGAAAUUUGAGGUCAUGCGGGAUGUUGUUGGUCGCAGGCCGUGGCGGGAAGGUGGCUAUCGAAUCGAAACCGAGUCGUUUGGACCCGGCCAAGACGUCGUCCAUGGGUAUGGUGCUGGCGGUCGAGGCUAUGAGCUAAGUUGGGGUGCAGCUGAGAGAAUCCUUGUGCUGGUCAAGGAGUCUGUUGGUACAGGUGCCCGGUUAUGA